CAGAACAACCAAACUGAUGAGCCUAACAAUCAAGCACCACCUGAUCAAGUUCAGCCAGUGAAAAAGAAGGGGGGCAGAGCUAGACCUGAGGGGUUUAGGGUUAACAAAGUCACUGCUAAGAAGGCUGGAACUUGGGUUUCCAAGGGAAAGGGAAAAGGGAGAAAGGGUACAGGAAGGUCUAAGACACCAGGGGUUUUUGCUGAUGUUGGUGAGAUAUGUUCAGAAGAGGAGAGUGAGGAUUCUGAUUAUGAGGAAUCAGAUUCUGAACAAGAGGAUGUUCUGAAUGAUUGGAUUGAUUCUGAUGUUGAUGAUGAGGUGAUUCCUGAUGAUAUUCCUGAUUUGGGGUUUGAGGAUUGUCUAAAUGGUUCCUCAAAGAUGGAUAAGGCCUAUAAAAAUGGCAAAAUAUGGACUGAUCAACCAUAUGGGUCCAUUAAGUUAGAACCCUGGUUGAUCUUUCAUGAUAAGGCCACAUUUCUUGAAGUGUUGAGAAGUUACUGCAUACAGGAGGGGUUUGGGCUUAGUGUUGAGAGGGCUGAUAAUAGGAGGUACACAGCAGUGUGUGCAGUGGAGUCAUGUGACUGGAGGAUACAUGCCAGUAGGUUGUUUGACAAUGUUAGCUGGGCCAUUAAGGUGAUCAGUGGGUCCCACAGAACUUGUGGGAGGCUUGAGGAGAAUCCAGUAGUGACCUCUGAGUGGUUGUGUAAGCAUAUGUUGGGGGAAAUAGAGGCAAAUCCAGAGAUUCCAGUGGAGACAUUGAGGAGGUAUGCACAGGAGAAGUUUCAGUUGAGGGUGAAAAAGAGGCUAUUGUACAAGGUCAGGAGUAUGGCAAAGGGAAAGCUGCAUGGUGGUUGGGCUGAAGCAUAUGAGCUGUUGCCUAGAUAUGCUGAGAUGAUUAAGCAAACAAACCCAGGGAGUCAUGCACUUAUAACAUGGGGGGCCAGUAGUGGGGAUGUGAACCCAAAAUUCAGAGCUUGCUUCUUCUCAUUUGCUGCACAAGUCAGGGGGUUUCUAAGGGGUUGUAGGCCCAUAAUUGGAAUAGAUGGGGCUCAUUUAAGUGGUUUCUACAAGGGCAUUCUACUGACAGCAGUUGGCAUAGAUGGGAAUAAUGAAAUUUUUGUUCUUGCCUAUGGGAUAGUAGACACUGAGAGUUGUGACAGUUGGACCUACUUCAUGAGAUGUUUGAGGCAAAUGUUUGAGCAGGAGGGUUGCAACAGAGAUGAUUGGACCUUCAUCAGUGAUAGGAUGAAGGGUGUUGAGUUGGCAGUUAGAGAAACUUUUCCUAGAGCAACUAGGAGAGUUUGCUGCCAACACCUAUACAUGAAUUGUAAGAACAAUGGCUUCAGUGGAUCUGCAUUCCACAAGCUAUUUUGGAUAGCUGCUAAUGCAUACAAUGAGUAUAUGUUUGGUAAGGCCAUGGAAAAGAUCAGUGAGUACAAUGCAAAUGCCACUGCAUACUUGAACAGCUGCAUUGAGCAGUGGUCUAGGCAUAAGUUUGACUCUACUGUUUGUUGUGAUCACAACACAACAAACUUUGUGGAGUCAUUCAAUGCAUGCACAAAGCCCUUCAGAGACAUGCCUGUCUUCUCAUUAUUGGAAGCAAUCAGAAGUUGGUGUAUGCAGAGGGUGGGGGCUAGAUUUGACAAGGCAGUUGACAUGGAGGAAGGUCAGCUCACUGCAUAUGCAUUGAAAGAGUUAGAGGAGAGGACAGCUGAGUCCAGGUUAUGUUAUGCCACAGCAUGUGGAGGGGGUGAAUUUGAGGUUAGGGAUGGACAUGUCAACUUCCCAAUUAGGCUUGCAACAAGAAGUUGUGCCUGUGGGAAGUGGCAGAUCUGUGGAAUCCCCUGCAAGCAUGCACUGAGGGUCAUAUAUGACCAAAGGAUGAACCCCCAUGAUUUCAUAUCCCCAUGGUUCAAGGCUGCUGCAUACAAGCUAACCUAUGCAGAACAUAUUCAUCCUAUGGCAGAUCCAUCUCAGUGGCCUGACUUUGGCCUUCCUUCCAUUCAGCCUCCAACCAUCAAAAGACCAUCUGGCAGACCUGCUAAGAAGAGAAAGAGAGGGGCAAAUGAACCAAAGAAAGGGAAGAGGAACACAAAUGUGAAAUGUGGAAAGUGUAGAGAGUUUGGUCACAACUCAAGAACAUGCAAGAGUGGAGGAACAAGUGCCACUGGACCAAGUACUUCAAAGAGUGGUGCAGCAGGAGCAAGUACAUCAAAUGGGGGACCAAACACAAGGAAGAGGUCAAAGGCAGCUGCAUAGUCACCUCAGUUGGCUAUAUUUUGUGAAUUGUAGUGCACAAAGCUAAACUAACUUAGUCAAAUCAGUUUAGUCAGAAUCAGUUUAGUUAGAAUCAGUUUUUGGAAACAGUUGUGCAGAGAUCAUUUUUUGGAAACAGUGAAAUGCUUAGAACACCUCUUUUUGUGCAGUUCAGUGGUGUUUGUCCACUUAAAGUUCAGUUUAUGUAAAGCUUAUUUGCUUGAACAAGUAUUUAUGGAACAAAGUCUCUUUAUUUCAUGAAAUUUGUUACAACUUUA